AUGGCCAAUGCACAUGCUGGAACUGCCUCAGCAAUCCCCCCAUUAGCCAUUCUUUCAGGGCAUGUACCGAGUCAUAAUGCACACAGCUCAUCAACUGCACAUGCUCAAAGUGCUUCUGCAAUAGGACCACCUUCCUUAACUGCAGGGAAUUUACCAACUCCAAACAUACACAGUUCAGCUAAAGCACAUGCUGAAAUUUCCCCUGCUUUAAAACCAUCACCUUUGACUACUGGAAAUGUACCAAGUCAGAAAACAGAGAGCUUAGCAAAUGCACAGGCUGAAACAUCCUCUGCAAUACCAUCAUCAUCCAUGACUAUCGGAAAAGUACCAAGUCAAAGUGCCUACAGUUCAGCCAAUGCACAGGCUGAAGCAUACUCUGAUGUAGCUCCAUCACCAAUGACUACUGCAGGUAUACCAAGUCCAAAAGCACCCAGUUCAGCAGAAGAACAUGCUGAAUCCUUAGCAGUAAUUCCACCAUUUUCCUGGACUACAGGUAGUGCACCUAGUGAGAAAACGCACAGUAUGGCAAAUGCACAAACUGAUAUUUCCUCAGCACUACCAACAUUACCCUGGACAACAGGAAGUGUGCUAAAUGAGAAGGCACACCGUACAGAAAAUUCACAUUCUGAAACAUCUGCUGCAACUGCACCACCUCCCUGGACUAAUGGUAGUGUACACAGUCCGAAUGCACAUAGCAUGGCAAAUGCACAUGCUGGAACUGCCUCAGCAAUCCCCCCAUUAGCCAUUCUUUCAGGACAAGUACCUAGUCAUAAUGCACACAGCUCACCAACUGCACAUGCUCAAAGUGCUUCUGCAAUAGGACCACCUUCCUUAACUGCAGGGAAUUUACCAACUCCAAACAUACACAGUUCAGCUAAAGCACAUGCCGGAAUUUCACCUGUUUUAAAACCAUCACUUUGGACUACUGGAAAUGUACCAAGUCAGAAAACUGAGAGAUUAGCAAACGCACAGGCUGAAACAUCAUCUGCAAUACCAUCAAUAUCCAUGACUAUCGGAAAAGUACCAAGUCAAAGUGCCUACAGUUCUGCCAAUGCACAGGCUGAAGCAUACUCUGCAAUAGCUAAAUCACCAAUGACUACAGAAGGUAUACCUAGUCCGAAAGCACACAGUUCAGCAGAAGCACAUGCUCAAACGUUAGCAGUAAUUCCACCACAUUUCUGGACUACAGGUAGUGCACCUAGGGAGAAGAUGCACAGUAUGGCAAAUGCACAAACUGAUAUUUCCUCAGCAGUACCAACAUUACCCUGGACUACAGGAAGUGUACUAAAUGAGAAAGCACACAGUACAGCAAAUUCACAUUCUGAAACAUCUGCCGCAACUGCACAACCUCCCUGGACUACUGGUAGUGUACACAGUCCGAAUGCACACAGCAUGGCAAAUGCACAUGCUGGAACUCCCUCAGGAAUCCCCCCAUUAGCCAUUCUUUCAGGACAUGUACCGAGUCACAAUGCACACAGCUCACCAACUGCACAUGCUCAAAGUGCUUCUGCAAUAGGACCAACUUCCUUAACUGCAGGGAAUUUACCAACUCCAAACAUACACAGUUCAGCUAAAGCACAUGCUGAAAUUUCCCCUGCUUUAAAACCAUCACCUUUGACUACUGGAAAUGUACCAAGUCAGAAAACAGAGAGCUUAGCAAAUGCACAGGCUGAAACAUCCUCUGCAAUACCAUCAUCAUCCAUGACUAUCGGAAAAGUACCAAGUCAAAGUGCCUACAGUUCAGCCAAUGCACAGGCUGAAGCAUACUCUGAUGUAGCUCCAUCACCAAUGACUACUGCAGGUAUACCAAGUCCGAAAGCACCCAGUUCAGCAGAAGAACAUGCUGAAUCGUUAGGAGUAAUUCCACCAUUUUCCUGGACUACAGGUAGUUCACCUAGUGAGAAAACGCACAGUAUGGCAAAUGCACAAACUGAUAUUUCCUCAGCAGUACCAACAUUACCCUGGACUACAGGAAGUGUACUAAAUGAGAAAGCACACAGUACAGCAAAUUCACAUUCUGAAACAUCUGCCGCAACUGCACAACCUCCCUGGACUACUGGUAGUGUACACAGUCCGAAUGCACACAGCAUGGCAAAUGCACAUGCUGGAACUCCCUCAGGAAUCCCCCCAUUAGCCAUUCUUUCAGGACAUGUACCGAGUCACAAUGCACACAGCUCACCAACUACAUAUGCCCAAAGUGCUUCUGCAAUAGGACCACCUUCAUUAACUGCAGGGAAUUUACCAACUCCAAACAUACACAGUUCAGCUACAGCACAUGCUGAAAUUUCCCCUGCUUUAAAACCAUCACCUUUGACUACUGGAAAUGUACCAAGUCAGAAAACAGAGAGCUUAGCAAAUGCACAGGCUGAAACAUCCACUGCAAUAUCAUCAUCAUCCACGACUAUCGGAAAAGUACCAAGUCAAAGUGCCUACAGUUCAGCCAAUGCACAGGCUGAAGCAUACUCUGAUGUAGCUCCAUCACCAAUGACUACAGCAGGUAUACCUAGUCCGAAAGCACCCAGUUCAGCAGAAGAACAUGCUGAAUCCUUAGCAGUAAUUCCACCAUUUUCCUGGACUACAGGUAGUGCACCUAGUGAGAAAACGCACAGUAUGGCAAAUGCACAAACUGAUAUUUCCUCAGCACUACCAACAUUACCCUGGACAACAGGAAGUGUGCUAAAUGAGAAGGCACACCGUACAGCAAAUUCACAUUCUGAAACAUCUGCUGCAACUGCACCACCUCCCUGGACUACUGGUAGUGUACACAGUCCGAAUGCACACAGCAUGGCCAAUGCACAUGCUGGAACUGCCUCAGCAAUCCCCCCAUUAGCCUUUCUUUCAGGACAAGUACCUCGUCAUAAUGCACACAGCUCACCAACUACAUAUGCUCAAAGUGCUUCUGCAAUAGGACCACCUUCAUUAACUGCAGGGAAUUUACCAACUCCAAACAUAUACAGUUCGGCUAAAGCACAUGCUGAAAUUUCCCCUGUUUUAAAACCAUCACCUUUGACUACUGGAAAUGUACCAAGUCAGAAAACAGAGAGCUUAGCAAAUGCACAGGCUGUAACAUCCUCUGCAAUACCAUCAUCAUUCAUGACUAUCGGAAAAGUACCAAGUCAAAGUGCCUACAGUUCAGCCAAUGCACAUGCUGAAGCAUACUCUGCAAUAGCUCCCUCACCAAUGACUAUAGAAGGUAUACCAAUUCCGAAAGCACACAGUUCAGCAGAAGCACAUGCUGAAUCUUUAGCAGUAAUUCCACCAUUUUUCUGGACUACAGGUAGUGCACCUAGUGAGAAAGCGCACAGCACGCCAAAUGCACAAACUGAAAUUUCCUCAGCAGUACCAACAUUACCCUGGACUACAGGAAGUGUACUAAAUGAGAAGGCACACAGUACAGCAAAUUCACAUUCUGAAACAUCUGCCGCAACUGCACCAUCUCCCUGGACUACUGGUAGUGUACACAGUCUGAAUGCACACAGCAUGGCAAAUGCACACGCUGGAACACCCUCAGCGAUCCCCCCAUCAUCCAUUCUUUCAGGGGAUGUACCUAGUCAUAAUGCACACAUCUUAUCAACUGCACAUGCUCAAAGUGCUUCUGCAAUAGGACUACCUUCCUUAACUGCAGGGAAUUUACCAACUCCAAACAUAUACAGUUCAGCUAAAGCACAUGCUGAAAUUUCCCCUGCUUUAAAACCAUCACCUUUGACUACUGGAAAUGUACCAAGUCAGAAAACAGAGAGCUUAGCAAAUGCACAGGCUGAAACAUCCACUGCAAUAUCAUCAUCAUCCACGACUAUCGGAAAAGUACCAAGUCAAAGUGCCUACAGUUCAGCCAAUGCACAGGCUGAAGCAUACUCUGAUGUAGCUCCAUCACCAAUGACUACAGCAGGUAUACCUAGUCCGAAAGCACCCAGUUCAGCAGAAGAACAUGCUGAAUCCUUAGCAGUAAUUCCACCAUUUUCCUGGACUACAGGUAGUGCACCUAGUGAGAAAACGCACAGUAUGGCAAAUGCACAAACUGAUAUUUCCUCAGCACUACCAACAUUACCCUGGACAACAGGAAGUGUGCUAAAUGAGAAGGCACACCGUACAGCAAAUUCACAUUCUGAAACAUCUGCUGCAACUGCACCACCUCCCUGGACUACUGGUAGUGUACACAGUCCGAAUGCACACAGCAUGGCCAAUGCACAUGCUGGAACUGCCUCAGCAAUCCCCCCAUUAGCCUUUCUUUCAGGACAAGUACCUCGUCAUAAUGCACACAGCUCACCAACUACAUAUGCUCAAAGUGCUUCUGCAAUAGGACCACCUUCAUUAACUGCAGGGAAUUUACCAACUCCAAACAUAUACAGUUCGGCUAAAGCACAUGCUGAAAUUUCCCCUGUUUUAAAACCAUCACCUUUGACUACUGGAAAUGUACCAAGUCAGAAAACAGAGAGCUUAGCAAAUGCACAGGCUGUAACAUCCUCUGCAAUACCAUCAUCAUCCAUGACUAUCGGAAAAGUACCAAGUCAAAGUGCCUACAGUUCAGCCAAUGCACAUGCUGAAGCAUACUCUGCAAUAGCUCCCUCACCAAUGACUAUAGAAGGUAUACCAAUUCCGAAAGCACACAGUUCAGCAGAAGCACAUGCUGAAUCUUUAGCAGUAAUUCCACCAUUUUUCUGGACUACAGGUAGUGCACCUAGUGAGAAAGCGCACAGCACGCCAAAUGCACAAACUGAAAUUUCCUCAGCAGUACCAACAUUACCCUGGACUACAGGAAGUGUACUAAAUGAGAAGGCACACAGUACAGCAAAUUCACAUUCUGAAACAUCUGCCGCAACUGCACCACCUCCCUGGACUGCUGGUAGUGUGCACAGUCCGAAUGCACACAGCAUGGCAAAUGCACAUGCUGGAACUGCCUCAGCAAUCCCCCCAUUAGCCAUUCUUUUAGGACAAGUACCUAGUCAUAAUGCACACAUCUCACCAACUGCACAUGCUCAAAGUGCUUCUGCAAUAGGACCACAUUCGUUAACUGCAGGGAAUUUACCAACUCCAAACAUAUACAGUUCAGCUAAAGCACAUGCUGGAAUUUCACCUGUUUUAAAACCAUCACCUUUGACUACUGGAAAUGUACCAAGUCAGAAAACAGAGAGCUUAGCAAAUGCACAGGCUGAAACAUCCUCUGCAAUACCAUCAUCAUCCAUGACUAUCGGAAAAGUACCAAGUCAAAGUGCCUACAGUUCAGCCAAUGCACAUGCUGAAGCAUACUCUGCAAUAGCUCCCUCACCAAUGACUAUAGAAGGUAUACCAAUUCCGAAAGCACACAGUUCAGGAGAAGCACAUGCUGAAUCUUUAGCAGUAAUUCCACCAUUUUUCUGGACUACAGGUAGUGCACCUAGUGAGAAAACGCACAGCACGCCAAAUGCACAAACUGAAAUUUCCUCAGCAGUACCAACAUUACCCUGGACUACAGGAAGUGUACUAAAUGAGAAGGCACACAGUACAGCAAAUUCACAUUCUGACACAUCUGUCGCAACUGCACCACCUCCCUGGACUGCUGGUCGUGUAAAUAGUCCGAUUGCACACAGCAUGGCAAAUGCACAUGCUGGAACUCCCUCAGCAAUCCCCCCAUUAGACAUUCUUUCAGGACAUGUACCGAGUCAUAAUGCACACAGCUCACCAACUGCAUAUGCUCAAAGUGCUUCCGCAAUAGGACCACCUUCAUUAACUGCAGGGAAUUUACCAACUCCAAACAUAUACAGUUCAGCUAAAGCACAUGCUGAAAUUUCACCUGUUUUAAAACCAUCACCUUUGACUACUGGAAGUGUACCAAGUCAGAAAACAGAGAACUUAGCAAAUGCACAGGCUGAAACAUCCUCUGCAAUACCAUCAUCAUCCAUGACUAUCGGAAAAGUACCAAGUCAAAGUGCCUACAGUUCAGUCAAUGCACAGGCUGAAGCAUACUCUGCAAUAGCUCCAUUACCAAAGACUACAGCAGGUAUACCAAGUCCGAAAGCACCCAGUUCAGCAGAAGCACAUGCUGAAUCUUUAGCAGUAUUUCCACCACAUUUCUGGACUACAGGUAGUGCACCUAGUGAGAAAACGCACAGUAUGGCAAAUGCACAUGCUGAUAUUUCCUCUGCAGUACCAACAUUACCCUGGACUACAAUAAGCGUACUAAAUGAGAAGGCACACAGUACAGCAAGUUCACACUCUCAAACAUCUGCUGCAACAGCACCAUCUACAUGGAGUACUGGUAGCGUACAAAGCCCGAAUGCACACAACAUGGCAAAUGCACAUGCUGGAACUGCCUCAGCAGUCUCCCCAUCAACCAUUCUUGCAGGAGAUGUACCUGGUUAUAAUGCACACAGCUCAUCAAUUGCACAUGCUGAAAGUGCUUCUGCAAUAGGACUACCUUCGUUAACUGCAGGGAAUUUACCAACUCAUAAUAUACACAGUUCAGCUACAGCACAUGCUGAAAUUUCCCCUGCUUUAAAACCAUCUCCUUUGACUCUUGGAAACGUACCAAGUCAGAAUACAGAGAGUUUGGCAAAUGCACAGGCUGAAACAUUCUAUGCAAUAUCAUCAUCAUCCACGACUAUCGGAAAAGUUCCAAGUCAAAGUGCCUACAGUUCUGCCAAUGCACAUACUGAAGCAUACUCUGCAAUAGCUCCAUCACCAAUGACUACAGGAGGUAUACCAAGUCAGAAAGCACACAGCUCAGCAGAAGCACAUGCUGAAUCGUUAGCAGUAAUACCACCAUUCUCCUGGACUACAGGUAGUGCACCAAGUCCAAAAGCACACAGCUCAGCCGAAGGACAUACUGAAUCGUUAGCAGUAAUUCCACCAUUCACUUGGACUACAGGUAGUGCACCUAGUGAGAAAAUGCACAGUAUGUCAAAUGCACAUGCUGAAAUUUCCUCUGCAGUACCAACAUUACCCUGGACUACAGGUAGUGUACUAAGUGGGAUGGCACACAGUACAGCAAAUUCACAUUCUGAAACAUCUGCUGUAACAGCAUCACCUCCAUGGAGUACCGGUAGUGUUCCAAGUCUGAAUAUACACAGCAUGGAAAAUGCACAUGCUGGUACUGCGUCAGCAAUCCCUCCAUCAUCCAUUUUUUCUGGAGAUGUACCUAGUCAUGAUGUACACAGCUCAUCAACUGCACACGCUGAAAGCACUUCUGCAAUUAGACCACAUUCCUUAAUUGCAGGGAGUUUACCAAAUCCAAAUAUACACAGUUCGGCUAAAGCACAUGCUGAAAUAUCCCCUGCUUUUAAACCAUUUCCUAUGACUACUGGAAGUGUGCCAAGUCAGAAUACAGAGAGUUUGGUAAAUGCACAGGCUGAAACGUUCUCUGCAAUACCAUCAUCAUCCAUGACUAUUGGACUAAUACCAAGUCAAAGUGCCUACAGCUCGACAAAUGCACAUGCUGAAGCAUACUCUGCAAUAGCACCAUCACCAAUGACUAUGGGAGGUAUCCCAAGUCCGAAAGUGCACAGUUCAGGAGAAGCACAUGCUGAAUCUUUAGCAGUAAUUCCACCGUUUUUCUGGAGUACAGGUAGUGCACCUAAUGAGAAAACGCACAGUUUGACACUUGCACAUGUUGGAACAGCCUCCGCAAUUCCACCAUCAGUCUUGACUUCAGGAGGUGUACCCAGUCAGAACAUACACAGCUCACCAAAUGCACAUGCUGCAAGUGCUUCUACAGUAGCACUGCCUUCCUUGAACACAGGAAGUGUACCCAUUCCAAAUACACACAGUUUAGCUAAAGCACAUGCUGAAAUUUCCCUUGUUUUACAACCAUCUCCUUUGACUAUAGGAGGUGUACCAAAUCUGAAUACAGAGAGUUUGGCAAAUGUACAUGCUGAAACUUUCUCUGCAAUAUCAUCACCCUGGACUACAGGAGGAACACCAAGUAACAAUGCUCAAAGCUCAGGAAAUACGUGGGCUGAAACUUCCUCUGCAGUACUACCAUCAUCCAUGACUAUGGUGGAUGUACCAAGAAAUAAUGCACACACCCCAGCAAAUGCCCAAGCUGGAACUUUCUCUUCAGUAUCACUAUCACCCUUGACCUUGGAAGAAGUACCAGCUCAGAAUGCAUACACCUCGGCAAAUACACAUGCUGCAACUUCCUCUGCAGUACCACCAUCACCUUGGACCACUGGAAAUGUACCAAGUCAGAAGGCACACAGCUCAGCAAGUGCUCAUUCUGAAACAUCUGCUGCUUUGGCGCCAUCUUUGUGGACUGCAAGCAUUGUACCAAUUGAGACUGGACACACUACGGCAAACGCGCAUGCUGCAGUAGUCUCAGUAAUACCACUAUCAAUCAUGACUUCAGGAGGUGUACGCAGUCAGAAUACAAUGAGCUCAGCAAAUGCACAUUCCGAAAGUGGUUCUACACUAGCACCGCCUUCCUUGACUACAGGGAGUGUACCCACUCCAAAUACCCACAGUUCAGCUAAAGCACAUGCUGAAAUUUCCCCUGCUUUACAACCAUCUCCUUUGACUAUAGGAAGUGUACCAAAUCAGAAUACAGAGAGUUUGGCAAAUGCGCAUGCUGAAACUUUCUCUGCAAUAUCAUCACCCUGGACUACAGAAGGAAUACCAAGUAACAAUGCUCAAAGCUCAGGAAAUACACAGGCUGACACUUCCUCUGCAGUACUACCAUCAUCCAUGACUAUGGAGGAAGUACCAAGAAAUAAUGCAUACACCCAAGAAAAUGCACAAGCUGGAACUUCCACUUCAGUAUCACCAUCACCCUUGACCUUGGAAGAAGUACCAGCUCAGAACGCAUACAGCUCGGCAAAUGCACAUGCUGCAACUUCCUCUGCAGUACCACCAUCACCUUGGACUACUGGAAAUAUACCAAGUCAGAAGGCACACAGCACAGCCAGUGCUCAUUCUGAAACAUCUGCUGCUUUGGCGCCAUCUUCGUGGACUGCAAGCAUUGUACCAAUUGUGACUGGACCCACUAUGGCAACCGUACAUGCUGCAACAGCCUCAGUAAUACCACCAUCUAUCAUGACUUCAGGAGGGGUACCCAGUCAGAACACAAAGAGCUCAGCAAAUGCACAUGAAGAAAGUGUUUCUAUAGUAGCACCGCCUUCCUUGACUACAGGGAGUGUAUCCACUCAAAAUACCCACAGUUCAGCUAAAGCGCAUGCCGAAAUUUCCCCUGCUUUACAACCAUCUCCUUUGACUAUAGGAAGUGUACCAAAUCAGAAUACAGAGAGUUUGGCGAAUGUGCAUGCUGAAACUUUCUCUGCAAUACCAUCACCCUGGACUACAGGAGGAAUACCAAGUAACUAUGCUCAAAGCUCAGGAAAUACACGGGCUGAAACUUCUGCUACAGUACUACCAUCACCCAUGACUGUGGUAGAAGUACCAAGACAUAAUGCAUACACCCCAGCAAAUGCACAAGCUGGAACUUUCUCUUCAGUAUCACCAUCACCCUUGAUUUUGGAAGAAGUACCAGCUCAGAAUGUAUACAGCUCGUCAAAUGCACAUACUGCAACGUCCUCUGCAGCACCACCAUCACCCUGGACUGCUGGAAAUGUACCAAGUCAGAAGGCACACAGCUCAGCCAGUGCUCAUUCUGAAACAUCUGCUGCUUUGGCGCCAUCAUCGUGGACUGCAAGUAGUGUACCAAGUGAGACCGUACACACUACGGCAAACGCACUUGCUGGAACAGCCUCAGCAGUAUCAACAUCAACCAUGACUUCAGGUGGUGCAGCAAGUCAGAACGCUCACAGCUCGGCAAAUGUACAUGCUGAAAGUUCAUCUGCUAUAGCAUCAACUGCAAAGAUACACAAUUCAGCUAACGCACAUGCCGAAACUUCCCCUGCUUUACAACUAUCUCCUUUGACUAAUAGAAGUGUACCAAAUCAGAAUACACACAGUUUGGCAAAUGCGCGUGCUGAGACUUCCGCUGCAAUACCAUCAUCUCUCUGGACAACAGGAAAUAUAUCAAAUCACAUCGUUGAAAAUACGGCAAAUGUACAUGCAGAAGCUUCCUCUGCAGUACCACCAUCUACUUGGAUUACAGGAAGUGUGCCACAUCAAAGAACACGAAGUUCCGCUGUUGCACAUGCUGCAACUUCUCCUGCAACACGACAAUCUUCGUCGAUGGCAGAAAGUGUACCAAGUAGGGAAACACCGUCUUCUCCAUGGGCGACAGGAACUGUGCCAAGUCAGAAUGCACACAGUAUGGCAAAUGCAAAUGCUGAAACUUCCCUUGCAAUACCAACAUUUCCCUGGACUACAGAGACUAUACCUAGUCAGAAUGGAAAGAUUUCGGGAAUAUCAAAUGCCGAAUCUUUCUCUGGCAUACAACCAUCACACUGGACUAGAGGUAGUGUACCAAGUCAGAACACACACACUUCAGCAAAAGCACAUGUGGAAACUUCCUCUGGAAUUGCACCAUCUUCGUUGUGUACAGAAAGUGUACCAGGUCGGAACAAAGGCACCCAUGAUGAAACUUUCUCUGCAAUAGGAGUUUCUCCUUGGGCUACAGGACUUGUACCAAUUCAGUACACACACAGUGCGGCAAACGCAGAUGCUGUAGCUUCUUCUCCAAUACCACCAUCUCCUUGGGCAACAGGAAGUGUACCAAGUAUCAAUGCACUCAGUUUGGCAAAUGCACCUGCUGAUAGUUCCUCAGCAGCACCGCUAUCUCCCUUGAGUAAAAUCAAUGUACCAAGUCCAUUUGGGCACAUCUUACCAAAUGCACAUGCUGAAACUUACUCUGCAGUGGCACCACCUCUGUGGACCUCUAGAACUGAAUCAAGUCAGAAUAUACACUCUUUAGCAAAUACACAUGCCGAAACGUCUUCUGCAGUAGUACCAUCCCCCUUGACUACAGGAAGUGCACCAAGUCAGAACACACACACUUUGGCAAAUACACAUGCUGUAGCUUCCUCUGCCUUACCACCAUCUCCCUGGACUACAUUAAGUGUAUCGAUUCAGAACGCCCACAGUUUGGGAAAGGGUCAUUCUGAGACGUCCUCUGCAAUAUCAUCAUUUCCCUUGACUACAGGCAGUGUACCAAGUCAGAAUGCACUUAGUGCAGUGAAUACAGAUGCUGAAGUUUCCUCUGCAUUAACACCGUUUCCCUUGAGUACAGGUAGUGUACCAAGUCAGUACAUACACAGUUUAGCAAAUGCACAUGCUGAAACAGAUACUACAAGUAGCUUCAGUUAUGGUGGUUCUGGUGGAGUUACGGUUGGUGGCGCUUUAUCACAAAAGGAAGUGUCCUUCGUGCGACAUAAUUUUGGUAUUAUAAACAAAUUGCUAAGGUUAUUUUCUCAACAGUGUCCCAUAGCUUUAAAUUCUUUGAAGGAAGUUAGCCUAUAG